UAACGGUCGAGCGGCGGCCACACUUCUAAUUUAACCUAGUUUUUUUUUCUUUAUUAAUGUGAAAAGUUUUAGGACAUUUAGAUAAAUUAUAACUUAAGUAAGCCGACCAGUUAGCGCCAACGCAAUCCCCCCAAAAUGCGACCAGUAUUUGCCUUCCUGCUACUGGCGCUCCUCUGCUUUGCGAGCACAAAAUCGGAGGAGACCGACUUUGAGGAAGACGAUGGUGAUUUUGCCGAGUUCGACGAUGGCAAUUUUUACGCUGAGCCAGCGGCCAAAAAUGCGGACUCCUUCUCCGGCGGAGCAGAAAGGAUCGAGUCCCAGGAUCGCCCAAAGGAAACCCGCAAACCAGUACAAAACGUGGAGAGCGAGGAGGAGGAUGGAAUUGUGGAAGAUGAUGACGAGUUUGAGCACUUCCAGGACGAGGAAGAGUUCGAGGGCUACGAUGGCGGGGACUCUAAGGACCCUCCCAUCGAUCAGAAAGUUGAGCCCAAACUCAACAUACCCAACAUACCCCUCCAUUUCCGCACCCACUGGGACUCCUACUGGAUGGAGAUGCUCAUGGUGGCCGGGUUGUUGGCCUACUUUGCCAACUUCUUUGCGGGAAAAGCCAAGAAUGCGCGUUUAGCGCAGCUUUGGUUCAGUACCCACAGAGCCCUGCUCGAUGAGAACUUCGCCUUGGUCGGAGACGACGGUAAGGCGGAGAACGAGAAUCCAGGACUGAUCAAGGAGAGCGAGAGUCUCUACACCCUCUGGUGCUCCGGCAGGACCUGCUGCGAGGGCAUGCUCGUCGAGCUGAAGAUGAUCAAGCGGCAGGAUCUGGUCUCCUUGGUGGCGGGAUUGAUGCGCCCACAGCUGGAUCAGGCCCACAUCAAAAUUGAACUCACACGCGGCGUAAUGGAUGCAUUUGUAUUUGCAGUCGGUACUAAAAAGACCAUCACCAAGGUCUUCAAAGAGUAUACAGAUCUGAGCAAGUUCUGUAGUCUAGUCGGCAAACCGGAGGAUCGCUACAAUGUGCCCACCGGAUUUGGCGUGCUCUCCGAAGUCCCGGAGGCCACGUCCGCCAUCCUCGAGUCACGCGUUAUCACUGCACUUAAUAAGUACCAAAGCUAUAUCGAUUACCUGCACAUCUCGGACCAGUUCAGUGGCCCCAUCCAGCAGGAGGAGGGCGGCACCCUUAAGCAGCCCGAGACCAAGGCCGUGCUCCUCGCCGGCUUCAAUCUGCCGAAGCACGCCGAAAUGGAGACCAUUAAGCCGUUGUUAUUGUUGAUCUUUUAUUUGAUGGAGCGCCUGAAGACCUACCGCAUGUCUAAGGAGGGCAAAGCCAAGUCGGACAAGAAUCGCCAGCGCGUCGAGGAGGAGUUCUUGAAGAGCACACAUGCCGCCCGCGCUGAGGCCGCGGCUCAGCGUCGCGAGGACAAGCGCAAGCAGGAGAAGGAGCGCAUCCUGGCCGACGAAGAUCCGGAGAAGCAGCGCCGCUGGGAGGCAAAGGAGCAGAAGCGCCAGGCCAAGAGGAACGCGCCCAAGAUGAAGAGACUGGCGGUCAAGUCCCUGUAGAUUUGUCUCUAGUGUGCCAUUAGCCGCAAGGAGAGCUCCUUAACGUACACGAACCGACCAUUUGUAGUUGUUUCUCUCAAAUGCCAGAAUAAAGCAAUAUCUAUUUGUUUCCUAUGGAGCGCCAAAACAUAAA